GCUGGACUAGGAUGGGGGAUGGGCCUGUGACAGGAGGUACCCUGGGUGUCCUCUUUCGGCCCCAUGGAGUCCUCACCCAUCCCCCAGUCAUCAGGGAACACUUCGACUUUGGGGAGGGUCCCUCAAACCCCAGGUCCCUCUACUGCCAGUGGGGUCCCGGAGGUGGGGCUGCGGGAUGUCGCUUCGGAAUCUGUGGCCCUCUUCUUCAUGCUCCUGCUGGACUUGACUGCUGUGGCUGGCAAUGCUGCUGUGAUGGCCGUGAUCGCCAAGACGCCCGCCCUCCGAAAAUUUGUCUUUGUCUUCCACCUCUGCCUGGUGGACCUGCUGGCUGCCCUGACCCUCAUGCCCCUGGCCAUGCUCUCCAGCUCCGCCCUCUUUGACCACGCCCUCUUUGGGGAGGUGGCCUGCCGCCUCUACUUGUUCCUGAGCGUGUGCUUUGUCAGCCUGGCCAUCCUCUCAGUGUCGGCCAUCAAUGUGGAGCGCUACUAUUACGUGGUCCACCCCAUGCGCUACGAGGUGCGCAUGACGCUGGGGCUGGUAGCCUCUGUGCUGGUGGGUGUGUGGGUGAAGGCCUUGGCUAUGGCUUCUGUGCCAGUGUUGGGAAGGGUCACCUGGGAGGAAGGAGCUCCCAGUGUCCCCCCAGGCUGUUCACUCCAAUGGAGCCACAGUGCCUACUGCCAGCUUUUUGUGGUGGUCUUUGCUGUCCUUUACUUCCUGCUGCCCCUGCUUCUUAUCCUUGUGGUCUACUGCAGCAUGUUCCGAGUGGCCCGCGUGGCUGCCAUGCAGCACGGGCCGCUGCCCACGUGGAUGGAGACACCCCGGCAACGCUCUGAAUCUCUCAGCAGCCGCUCCACGAUGGUCACCAGCUCGGGGGCCCCCCAGACCACCCCACACCGGACGUUUGGGGGAGGGAAAGCAGCAGUGGUUCUUCUGGCUGUGGGGGGACAGUUCCUGCUCUGUUGGUUGCCCUACUUCUCUUUCCACCUCUAUGUUGCCCUGAGUGCUCAGCCCAUUUCAACUGGGCAGGUGGAGAGUGUGGUGACCUGGAUCGGCUACUUUUGCUUCACUUCCAACCCUUUCUUCUAUGGAUGUCUCAACCGGCAGAUCCGGGGGGAGCUCAGCAAGCAGUUUGUCUGCUUCUUCAAGCCAGCUCCAGAGGAGGAGCUGAGGCUACCUAGCCGGGAGGGCUCCAUUGAGGAGAAUUUCCUGCAGUUCCUUCAGGGGACUGGCUGUCCUUCUGAGUCCUGGGUUUCCCGACCCUUACCCAGCCCCAAGCAGGAGCCACCUGCUGUUGACUUUCGAAUCCCAGGCCAGAUAGCUGAGGAGACCCCUGAGUUCCUGGAGCAGCAACUCACCAGCGACAUCAUCAUGUCAGACAGCUACCUCCGUCCUGCCCCCUCACCCCGGCUGGAGUCAUGAUGGGCCGCUGGACACUCGGAGGGAUAUGGGGCUGGGGGCCAGUUAUGAUCGCAAGGACCA